AUGCAAUUCUCUACUGUCGUUUCCGUUGCUUUCGUCGCUUUGGCCAACUUUGUUGCUGCUGAAUCCGCUGCCGCCAUUUCUCAAAUCACUGACGGUCAAAUUCAAGCUACCACCACUGCUACUACUGAAGCCACUACCACUGCCACCCCAUCUUCCACCGUCGAAACCGUUUCUCCAUCCAGUACCGAAACCAUUUCUCAACAAACUGAAAACGGUGCUGCUAAGGCCGCUGUCGGUAUGGGUGCCGGUGCUCUAGCUGCUGCUGCUAUGUUGUUAUAA